UGUAUUCUACAAUUCUGACUCUAUAUAUUUUGAUUUGUAAUCAUGGUGUACAAUUUUAAGGUGUUCAAAAAGUGCGCGCCCAAUGGGAAAAUUACGCUGUACAUGGGAAAACGUGAUUUCGUCGAUCACAUCUCCUAUGUGGAACCCAUAGAUGGCGUGGUGUUGCUGGACGAGGAGUAUGUGCGUGGCCGGAAGGUCUUCGGUCAGGUGGUCUGCACUUUCCGAUAUGGCCGCGAAGAAGACGAGGUCAUGGGCCUUAAUUUCUACAAGGAGCUGUUCCUCGCCUCCGAGCAGAUAUACCCUCCGCCUGAGAAGAGAUCUUAUGAGCCCUCACGGACACAGGUCUAUAAUUGGCACUUAGCUUUCGUUCCCUGCUGUCAUGUGACUUGUGUUCAGGAGCGGCUGAUAAAGAAGUUGGGUUCUAUGGCGUACCCGUUCCGGCUGAGCGUGCCGGCGGGCGCGCCCGGCUCCGUCACGCUGCAGCCCGGCCUCGAGGACGAGGGCGAGCCCUGCGGGGUCCACUACUACGUCAAGCUGUUCGUGGGGGACAGCGAAAUAGACCGCUCACAUCGCAGGAGUACAGUAGCCCUGGGUAUACGCAAGGUCCAGUUCGCGCCGGACAAGAAGGGCGCCCAGCCGUGCACGGUGGUGCGCAAGGACUUCGUGCUGUCUCCUGGACAACUAGAGCUCGAGCUCACUCUUGACAAACAGUUGUACAUGCACGGGGAGACGGUGGCGGUGAACAUGAGCAUUCGCAACAACAGCAAUAAGGUGGUGAAGAAGAUAAAGGCGAGCAUCCAGCAGGGCGUCGACGUGAUGCUGUUCCAGAACGGACAGUACCGGAACGUGGUCGCCAGCGUCGAGACCCAGGACGGGUGCCCGCUGCAGCCGGGCUCCAACCUGCAGAAGGUUCUGCAGCUGACGCCGUCGCUGCGCAGCAACAGAGACAAGCGCGGCGUCGCCCUCGACGGACAACUCAAGCGCGCAGACGCCACCCUCGCCUCUACCACACUACUUCUGGAUCCGGAGCAGCGCGACGCGUUCGGCAUUGUGGUGAGCUACAGCGCCAAAGUGAAGCUGUACCUGGGCGCGCUCAGCGGGGAGCUGGUCGCAGAGCUGCCCUUCAUACUCAUGCACCCCAAGGAGGGUCGCGCAAAGAUGAUCCACGCGGACAGCCAGGCUGACGUCGAGAUGUUCCGACAGGACACCGUCCAUCAUCAAGAGAGCGUCGAGGUCUACUAGUUACCGUCCCGACUACCUACUAGUAGAUUUUAUUAAAAUUAUUAUUUUCAAUAUGUUUACAUGAAAUAUAUAGGUGUAACCUGUUAUAUUUGAGAUUAUACAAUUAAUAUUAA